GUCGAACUGCAGCAGGUCUUUGAGCGGCUUGCCAGUCAGGCCCUUCUAAGCUUGCAGCCGGUGCACGACCUGCAGAAGGACGUGCAGGUAGCGUCGCUUCGGGAGCCAAGCCGCGAGUUAAGCGACUGGAAUGUGCCCACCGAGCGCUUUCCCAUUGCCUCCUUGCUGGAAACAUGUAUUUCCAGUUGUGAUUCUAUUUGUGAGCGGUCUGAUACGGAAAAACCGGUCGGCCGAAUCGCGGGCGAGCCCGUGCGACGGCAAGCAUCUGUCCUCCACCAAUCGACGAAGGGAGCUCUUGAUCAACCGCAGUUGCGACUCAGUCCCCUACUCAUGGAGCUUUCCAUGAAGAGCAAUGGAGCUCUGAACCACAUUGACAGGCAGAAAAUGAGGGAGAGCAUGGAGGUAGCACAGUCAAAGAGCCGCCCCAUCAGUCGGCCCGCGGCGAAGAUGCUCGAAGACGUGCAGCACUGCAGGACCUGCAGGGUAUUCUCUCCAGAAUCCAGAACGCGAGUGCUUUGGGAUCUUUCUGGUGCCAUCCUCAUUCUGAUCGACGUGUUCGUGUCGCCAGUAUCGAUUGCGUGGGAACUGGAAGUGACUCCGAACAGUCGCGACAUCUCUCUUGCUCUUUUCGCGUGGGUGUCGCUGAUUUUCUGGUCUCUGGACAUCGUCAUGAACUUCAACACUGCGUUCUACAGCCAGGGGCUUCUCCGGGUCCGGCGGAUGGAAAUAGCUCGCAAUUAUGCCUCAUCAUGGCUGCUGUUUGAUGUGGGCGUCGUCUCUCUGGACUUCUUUGGAUUCAUGUCGGAGUCGCAAAGCGAAGAAAAUGGCAAUUACGUCAGCUCCUUUCGAACUGCGCGCAUCCUGCGAGUUCUUCGGGCACUUCGAGUAGUACGCAUAGUCAAAGCUAGCAGGCUGAAUGUGCUCGCCGAGAACAUGGUGAUUGCGAUUGGGAGACAAUGGCUGAUCAUGGCAUUUGGCAUCUUGAGGAUGCUCAUAGAAAUCUCCAUGGUCGUGCAUGCCCUCGCAUGCAUCUGGUUCGGAGUGGGGGAAGCUGUUUCCUCCGACUCUCAGGUGACCAGCUGGACUGUACGGAACGAUGUCCACGAGCAGCCGGCGUUGGUGCAAUACAUCCACGCCAUGCAGUGGAUCAUCCAACCGCCAUCUCCGGCGCCAUUAGAUCCGGCUAGCGGCUUGGAGCGCUUCAUGCUCUUGGUGAAUACCGUCGUGACGGUCCUGGUCAUCGGAACUGCCUUGUCACUGCUGACGGGUACAUUGCAGGAGAUUCGCAGCAUUAACGAGGAGAUGAAUCGAAAGCGCCGUGAGCUGCGAAUCUACCUGCAUGCGCAGUCGGCCCCUAUCCAGCUAGUGAUGCGAGUCAUGAGCUUUGCCGACUACAAGCUUGCUCGAUAUUCCUCGGUGUCCUACGACCCAUGGCUAUUUUCACCGAAGCUUCAGGCUGAGCUGUCGGUUUGGCAAAACCGGCACCUCCUUGAACAGCAUCCGGUCUUCGAACUGACCUCAAGCGUCUUUCCGAAGGUGUUUGCAGAGAUCUGCCGCGUCGUCCAGAAAAACUUAUACCACGAGGCCGAAGCUGUAUUUUCGAGCGGCUCGAUGGCUGAAUAUCUGUACAUAACGAACGACGGCUCCUUCGCCGUUGUUGGCCACAGUGGAGAUUUACAGUAUUUCGAGAACGAGGUCCGUCACUUUGCCGAGGUGGCACUUUAUGCUGAUACUGUGAUGCAUGAUUGCACUCUACGGGCGACGAGCUUCGCGGAAGUCUUCACCCUCAGCACCAAUCAGCUCGUCUCGGUUCUGAUGAAUGCACCUAUCUGUGCCAGUAUGUUCAUCGAUUAUGCGAAAGACUAUAUGUCGCAGUACUCUUUGUCCAUGACGCAGCCUGAUCGCGAUGUGGUAUCUGCAGAGAAGGACUGCGCAGUCCUUGCAGCAGAGGCAAACCCGAUAUAUCUUGAGAUGCAGCUGCAUACUCACAAGCUUUUAAAGAACUUGGACCUCGUGCGCGUGAUUGACAGCGCGCAGCCAGAAGCCAGGCGAAGCCCCGCCGACUUCGUGGAUUAUGUUCUGGGGCAUGAGCCCAUAGAGUCAUUGUUAAGCAACCUCUAUCGGAGCUACAUCGAGUCGGACCCAUCCCACGGUUUACACAUUCUCUUCGAGGAGUCCCACGGACACCAUGGGGGGCAACAGCGAGUUGAAAGCAGCUGUGUAAGCCUUGCAGCAUUGGUGCGUGGCGACUUGGAGGCAUAUGCCCGCCCGCAGCGCGAUGACUGUCGGAUCACAAGCGAUCAGUGGCAGCAGUUGCAGAGCAUCCUGAACUGGACGUCUGUCGACCAGGACAAGCUUCAAGCAGUUUUCUUCCUGCUCGUUGCACAUGCUAUCGGCAAGUACAGGGCUGUCUCACGGCAACUUGGUCCAGAAUGCCAGAAGCCGGAGGCUGCCUUGCUGCACAUCUUGGACUUUUUCCCAAGCGUUGUGCCCACAGCUGCACGAUUGAGUGCACGGGCACAGUUCCUUCUGCGAGAUGUGUUGGAGCUGGAAACCCUCUUCAACUUCGUGCAGAUGCUGCAAGCAGAGAAUGUCCCCGGCAAUGUACUUCAGCUGCAAAAGCACCUGGCAAGCAGAGAUCAUCCACAGGACUUGCUGCAAGUCUACAUGCUGUAUGUGCUCGGUUUCAUCAGCGGCCUUGCGGGCGGAGUCGGGUCGCGUUUCAUGAACCGCAACAAUGCGAGGGGAACGCUUCUCGGGCUCAGCACGCUGCAACAUAUUCUAGACCAGGAUGCCAAGAUGGUGUACUGGAGCUAUGUCCACGAAAGAUGCCAGUUGCUCGGGCUCGAGGCACGGCAACCAGAAGACCUCGCUCUGGGCCGUUUGGUGUGUCUGUGCCGGGUGCAGAGCGAGGCGGACUAUUCCCACAUCCUGCAUGCAUGGCAUCAGCUAAGUCAUGAAGAGCGAUGGAUGCUGACAAAGCAUUUCGUGUCAAACGGCAUCACGACAAAUGCCAUCGUGUUUGAGUUUCUGCCUCUGUGCUUGGAGCAAGCAAAGGGAAAUCCCUUUGUCACGGUCCGGACUCUCCUGGAGGUGCUUGUGGAGUUGAUCCAGGUUGUCCAAGUGGCGCUGCGGAAAUCGCACUGUCGAGGCUGA